AUGGUUAGCGGGGAUGCCCAACCAAUCAACCUCAUGGCGACCCAGCUGUAUUUUCCCGAGGCGGUAGAGAGCGUGGAGUUCGUGAAGGGGGAAGGCGGUGCGCUGGAGCUGGUGGUAUCGGCCAGGGCGCAGCCGCACCUCACGUACGUCAACAUCGAGACCCUCCAACAGCGCCGAGUGAGCCUGAACGAGAAGGAGUGGGAUACCCACGUGUCCUUCACGGUGAUGUCCAUGGCGGCUUCUGGGGACGGGAAGUACCUCCUCGCCGCCACCGACAAAAGCAGAAACAUCCUCUGGCGAGCGGGAAGCAACGCCCGGGUCCGCACCCUGAUGGGCCACACGACGGACGACUACUUCCAGCCGCGGGUGCAGUGGGACCCCUCCGGACUGUUCUCCUACUGCAACAGCUCUGGGGAUCACGACGUUCACGUUCACUGCCUAGCCUCCGGCCGCGUCGUGGAGCAGCUCAAGGGGCACCGUGCCGUCAUACGUGACAUCCACCACGACCCUUCUAGAAGAGUUCUCGUUACGGCUUCCUACGACAAGACUGUCAAAGUCUGGGGGGAGAGAUGAGGGGUUGGCUCUAGCGAGGACGGCAGCGUUAUCCUGGCGGGGGGGAUAGCGAUGAAGACUGCUCAAGAUGGCGGAAACUUUAUCGUACGUGCGCGCCGGAUGUCGCCUUAGCUACCGAAGACACGCUUAGGGGUCACGGGGUGCUUGCUCGUGUGCAAGGAACAAUUAAGAACAACGCUUUUGACUUGUUCAUGUGUGAACUCGUUGUAAGAUUGUUUUCACCCCGAAGUUGUGCGAGCCAAGAGAAACCACUGAGACAC